GUUGCCGCAAUCUCCUGUUUAUCAGGUGUGACUGUGCCCAGUUUAUCUACCUGUAGCUACUUGCAAGAGCCUGCAAAUCGCCUUCGCUCCUCAACUAACAACGAUGGCAGCGAUCUUUGCUCGAAACUCUCUCGCUGCUCUUCGCGCUCGUCAUCUCGCUGUGUCAGGACAAGCAUUGCAGGGGUCUUCCUGUUAUGGGUUGCGUUUCAGUGCACACCCUUAUAGCACCAAGAAAGAAGAUGAAGAAAGAGAUCAGCUUGCAAAGGAGAUUUCGAAGGAUUGGAGUUCUGGUAGUGUAUUUUUCUGGAUUGCUUGUAUUUCUUUUAUGCUUUAUAAUUGGUAUGUUGAGUUCUAUGGUGUCUCCAAAGUCCAAACCAAUAACUUGUGUAACUGCAGUUUUUGAGCGAAGCAUAAACACUUUGUUUCUAACUGAAAUGGUUCGAGGUUUGAUGCUGACACUAAAGUAUUUCUUUGAAAAAAAAGUUACGAUCAAUUAUCCCUUUGAGAAGGGCCCAUUGAGCCCUCGUUUUCGUGGUGAGCAUGCUCUUCGACGUUAUCCAACUGGUGAGGAACGUUGUAUUGCUUGUAAGCUUUGUGAAGCUAUAUGCCCAGCACAAGCAAUUACGAUUGAGGCUGAGGAGAGAGAAGAUGGAAGCCGUCGGACGACCAGGUAUGAUAUUGACAUGACAAAGUGUAUCUAUUGUGGUUUCUGCCAAGAAGCAUGCCCUGUUGAUGCCAUUGUUGAAGGACCCAACUUUGAAUUCGCUACUGAGACUCAUGAGGAGCUUUUGUAUGACAAAGAGAAGCUGCUUGAAAAUGGGGACCGAUGGGAAACUGAGAUUGCAGAGAACCUUAGAUCCGAAAGCCUGUACCGUUGAUUUUCCAGUUCCCCUUUGUGGUUGAUACGAGCACCUUCCUGUGCAUGAAAUAAAGUGAUCUGCAUACGGGUCUUGGAAUAUCUGUAUCUAGGUUUUGUUAUUCAAGUAAUUCUGAUGUCAAGUUAAUUUUGCCUGCUACAAAUUCAAGUUACUGGAUAAAUGAUGCGAAAUGCGGGAAGCAAAUUGAAGUUCAAAUGAUAAUUUUAAACUGGUGAUGGAUUUAAUGAGAAACUGAAGAUGAGAUUGGUGGUGAUUGAUU